CAAAAUGUGAUGGUUUAGAUUUGGCAAAAGAUCUGUCAGCAGAAUAGCUUGUCAGUUUUAAACAAGGCAACAUUACAACAGAGGAAAUGUAAUGCACAGUGUGGCACCAGUGGCGUGUGUGUGUGUGUGUGUGUGUGUGUGUGUGUGUACUCAUUUACGCUGGAAUCCUUUUGUACAGAAAACAUCUUACACAGUAGGCUUAAAGGAUUUUCUGUUUUUGAAAGUGUUUGGUCUAUAGUGAGAGCUUGGUGGCAGACAGAACUGGUUACACCUGAAGUCUGUUUGCAUUCAAAACUCAGCCCUUUUACUGUAUCAUUGAGUGUCUGUAUAUAUGACAUUUAAUGCAGUGCGCAACCAUGUAAAAUAAGUCUUUCCUUUUUUCUUUUUCUUUUUUUUUUAAACUAUGUAAAAAGAAAUGUUCCGAACAAAUAUAUUCAGCAAAGACUGAUCAUUCUCAAUAAAAACUCAUUUUUGGGAGAUAAGAUUCGUUUUAUUUGUGAACAUGUUUUACUGGACCUUUAAUAUUAGAGAUUAUAAAACGAAAUGUUUUUGUGAUUGUAAAAAUGGCUCCAUUAAUUUCAUUUUACAAAUGACAUGUUAAAGUUUGAGCUUUUAUGCAGGUUACUGUAAAAACAUCAUCAUCAUACUCUUUACAAGUCCUCUCAAUUGUGUUAGCUAUGUUUAACUACAAAGAAAAUGCCAUGUUUCAGAAAACUCAAGUAUAAAGCUGUGGGUGUCACGGUUGUGAAAUUAGUUCAAGCACUAAUGAGAUCAGAGUUUUAGUCUUCAUGACUAAAGUAGUUUAAACUUCUCAUUUUAAACCGUACUGUUCUGUUAAUUUCCUAAAGCGUAAACUUAAAAGAAUUAUGGGUUUAUUUUCUUACAGGAAAUCUGAGAGGCAAAAAUGUGGGGUCCUCGUCUCCUAUUUAUGAUGUCAUCAUAUUAGAUUUGAUAACGUGGGCUGAAAGCGGCAUGACCAAUGAAUGACCGUGGAACGGAUCAGAUAGCGGGUGAUAUUUGAUAUUUUUUGGAGUUGACAUCGCAAAAUAUUCAUUGAUAAAGCGCGGGGAAAUUACCGCACGCACUGCAUUGUAUCUGCUUUUGCUACAUUUAUAAUUUAUGUGUAGAAAGAAAUGACUACAGUCAGCGAGGAAGGGAAGGACCGAGUCAUAUUUGUCACCAAGGAAGAACAUGAAAUUCCUAGCACUGUGAAACUGGAUGAGGAGGAUGCAAAUGAGGACUAUGAAGAAAAAGGUCUCAUCUUGCCGAGUGGUGAGAUAAAUUGGGACUGUCCGUGUUUAGGGGGGAUGGCAAGUGGAGUGUGUGGCGAGCAGUUUAAGACUGCAUUCACCUGCUUCCACUUUAGUCAAGAAGAGGUGAAGGGUUCGGACUGUCUGGAGCAGUUCAGCAGCAUGCAGGAGUGUUUUCGGCAUCAUCCUGAACUCUUCCCUCGGGAAGAUGAUCUUCAAAGUGCCAAUCCUGAAUCAAACGCAGAACAAAAAGACUCCCCUUCCAUCUCUGACUUCAGCACAAGCAAAGAGUCUGACCCUCUGCCCACUGACACGAACGAUAUGCCUUCACAGCUGCCCGUAGCUAGUUAAAAUUGGAGAACAACUGAUUUCCAUCUCUAAUUCCACUUUUUUUUUGUUUUAUUUUAUUAUAUUUAAAUAUGUUUUUAAGAUGAGACAUAAAGGAAACAGGGACACUGAAUAAAUGCAGAAAGUAACAAUAUAUGGACUAUAUAUUUUUCCAACACAUUUUUUGAUGAACGUGAUAUUCUAAAAAAUAUAGUGUGAUAUCUUAAAAAAUGGUGA